AUGGUCUCGUCGCCAUUUUAUGGAUACGUUGGUUUCGACGCAUCUCCGGCCCAUUUUGGAAUGGACCUGACGAAUCUCUUUUUCGGGGUUAUUGGAAAGGUUGCAAUCGCGACGCCGUUUCGAGCGUGUUGUGCUUUGAAGAACGAUUUGCUCUUCGCCGGAAAAGUUGUUGUGGUCGAACGAGGCGACUGCACCUUCCUCGAAAAAACGCAGAAUGUCGAAAAGGCCGGUGGGAUAGCAGCCAUUGUUCUCGAUAGUGAUCCGUAUACGAGCAUGACGAACUCGUCUUUUUUCGUGAUGUCCGCAGACGGAAACAGUACUGUCCGCAUCCCGUCAGUGUUCCUCUUCGGCUUGGAAGCAAAGUCUUUUAUGAAACUGUUGGCAGAUCAUCCUGAUGUCUUGGUUCGCCUAGGCGAAAAGACCUUAAAUCCAUCGGUUAUUAUCAGCGGCUACUGGCGGGAUGGUUUCCGAGCUGAUCAUAGCAGAGUUUUAUCUCGCAAAGUUCAUUGA